AUGAAGGACGCCAUGGACAUCAUAAUGCUAAUUCGUGGAAUUGAAUCUGACGCAGAACCAAGCCUCUUGAGACCCGGUAUAUACCUAACAAGCGACGAUAACGUUAUAGUGAAGGACAAGAAUGAUUACUGCGUCUAUGGAGAAGAGUUUGACGAUUUCACCAACGAUGUAAUGUAUUUUAUUAGGAACAUUCAGUAUCGUAUAAAUGGUUUCUAUUUCGAUGAGGAGGGUGGUGGUCGCAGUUUGCUAUUUCGGGAUAACAAAAUAUGUGAGAGGAGAACUCUUCCCCCUUGCGUCGUCGAUUUAUCUCUGGUGGUGGAGUACCGUUUUAACGAUGCUAGAAAUAUUAGGGAAGUUCCAAAUGAAGAAUACAGGACUAAACAUAAACGGAGGAACAUCUUGUGUUACUAUGGCGGAGCUGUUUCGUUCUGCAGUGGACGCAGUGUGAACACUAAAAAAAUGCACGCAGUGGAGGAUAUGGAGUGUACUGUCAUUGGUGAGGCCUGGAAUGAGAAGGUUUCGAAGAACAUCGUCGAUUGGAUUAUGGGUCUCUCAGAAAUGAGAAGCGCGUCCAAGGAGAGCAACGCAUCUAAGGCGAGCAAGGCGUAUGCGAUGGUUACCAUAGGAGAUAUUUCUCUCUGA